GUCCGUAAACUUCACACGUGUUGGGCUGUGAUUGACUCAUGUAUUUAAUGAUUCCUACAACAUAAAAUUCGAAUAACGGAACGUAUUUAAGCAUUAUAGGGGGGUCUACUGUAAUUGUUAAACACACACUAUGCAAUUGCAUUGCCUCUGAGAGGAUUCGUAGACAGCAUUUUGGAAAUGCAAGUUUUAAACAGAUUCUGGGCCAGAGUCCAAAUCUUGAUAAAUUAUUGAACUUUUUGAAAGUCACUAAUUAUUAUAAAGAAAUUUAUUUAUUUGUUUAUAUAUAUAAACUUGUUAGUAUGUACAUGUGUACUGUUAUAUCUUUUUGUUAUUGGUUUUAUUAUUUAUUAUUUUAUUUAUUUAUUUAUAUUUAAUAUUUUACACAUAUAUAUAUACAUUUAUUCAUUAGAUUUUAUAGUAUUACCGUUUGACAUGGCGCAGCUUGGCCUAUGUGGCCCUUGCGCCAAUAAACCCUAACUAACCUAACCUAACCUAGGCCAUUUUUGAACGACUUGUGCCAUCAGGAAAACUUUGAUUUGGACAAGAAAUCACUCCUAAAGGCCGUCUGAAUUUAUGUAAAGGUUUUGGUGGUGGAGUUUCCAAGUUUAAUGCAAAAUUUGAUAGCAUAAUGUUGCUUCAUAAAAUGAUCCAUUGUGCUGUGUUAGAUUAAACUGAAAACGGGAUUCACAGGAAUAAACUUUACAUUACCAGCAACUUAGAGAUAAAUGAGACCGGAUGAAUUUUGAAGCUAACAUCCCUUGCCACCUAGUGCCGCAGGUUAGAACUAGCUAUGGUGUAUCGUCGUGUUAUGAAAAAAUUGGUCGCAUUAUUUAUCUAAUGCGACCAAUAACUCUGCACUGUACUCUCAGAGGGUGAAAGUAUUUUCAUGUAUUUAUUAUUGAUACCACUUAUUCUUGUAGUAUGAAAACUGUUCUUUAAUCUUUCAGUAACUUUUUCCUUUAUUUUAAUGAUGAACUUAAUUGAUUUCAGUUUACACAAUUUAAAAUAAAUGAUAGUUUGAAGCACUGCUAAUUUGAGAUUCUGGGCUCGUUUAAUUGACGAGCACUUUGCUCUUGUGGCUAAAGCUAGAUGCUAUAUGUCAGUCAAAACUCAGCAUGCUGUGCUAGUAACUUGAUUUAGUUACCUUUUUUCAAAUUUUGAAAAUUUUGUUUAAUGAGAGAGAGUUCAUUAUUGUAAUCAUUGAUGAAUGUGUGAUUUGUAUCUCUGAUUAAUGCACAAAUUUUUCAAUAUGCAUGAAGUCAUUACAACUUUUAAAUGUUGAACAAGUAUUUUUGAUAAUCAAGUAUUUUAAUCGAUGGAAGCAGUUUUUUAAUAAAUCUAUUGCUUGAUCCAUCACAACUCUGAUAGAACUGUGUUCCUGUUUAAAGCGUUAUGUUUAACACUGAGAUUGCAAUAAACUUUAUAUGGCACAAUUAAAAAUGUAUCCAAUGGAUAUGUUGAAUUUAAAUAAUAGUGAAUUUUAAUAUGUUGAAGAUUCAUUCAAAAACAUGUUGUAAAUAGAUCUUUGGUACCAAAUACAAGAAUCAUUAGCUCUACCAAGUUAAUUAACAAAUGCAUCAAUAAUUUGCAUUUCACUACCACACAUUAUUUGCAACAGGGUAGAAUGCUCUUUCUCUGUUGUAAUAACUCUUAACUAAUUUCCUUUGGUGUUUUCAUGUACAGUACAUGUGAGUUCCAUCCACACACCCAAUUAUUGUAGGCAAUGAAACAGUGCAUAAUUAUUCAAAUUUAUGAACUAUUUUCUUCAAGUUAUAAGUUGAUCAUUGAAUAUAAUUGUCAAUUACGCCACACAUUUUUUACAGAAGUCUAUAAAAACUGCAUAGUCAUGAUUUUUCUUUACACCAAACCUAUCUCCAAUACCUCUGAAUCACUCUUGAUUAGCACGAAGCCAAAUACACAGUACUUAGUAAUAUCUGUUUUGUUGGUGAAAUAGGAGGUAGACCUUUCUUUUCUUCUAUUUCUCAGUUUGAGUUUAUUAAUUUAAUGAUUUCCAAGAAAAAAAUAAAUUUGUGGGUGAGAUGAGACGUAAAAACACCCUUAGAAUACGAAUUACUAUUUCUUCAACAUAACUGUUUAUUUUUGUCACUGAAAAUUAUCAGGUUCAUUUGAAAUCGCAGAUACUGAUGAUUAAAUUUCUAUGCUUUCUUUAAUUAUUUCGUUCUAAUUUUUAAAAAUAAGACUGAUUUCUAAAACAGGAAUUUGCAAAGAAGUAACAGUAUCUAUCUUCCUUCAGCAAAAAAUGAUUGUGAAGUAUCGUGCAGCAACAUGCUGUGACUGCUGCUUAUGAUGCUAUUAAUGCUACAUUUUUGCUGAAUUAAAAACUGAUGACAUUUUUUAAUGGUACAUAAUUAGAAAACCAUUGAUCUGCUUAUUUAUCAUAUGCCAUACAGAAGCACCAAAUAUAUUGAGUGUUUUCACUGAAAAUUGAUUUUUUUGCAAACAUUAUAAGGAAUAAGGACUUGCACUGUAUAUGAAAAUCGCUGUUUUAAACAGUAACAUUAAUUUUGUAUAGUUAAAGGAAGUGGAUCACGUUAGGAUUAUCAUUUUUACUGAAUUAUUUUACAACUUGAACUUGAAUUUAUUAUAUACUGAGUAUAUAAAUAAAUUUUAUUUAUUACAUAUUUAGCUAUUUCCUGAUUCUGGCCUUCGUCGUUGUAGAUAUAGUUAACAAUUAUUCAUAUAUAAAUUAAAGUUUUGUUUAAACUAUGAAAAAUUUAAUAUACAUGCAAUUAGGACUGGUUUAAGACUAGUCUAUUGCACAGUAGAACAUUCCUGUCUCAUGGGAAUUAGAGUCCGUUCUCGGAUUAACCACAACAUUAUAGAAUAUAAAUAUAGUACAUUAAUUAAGAGUAGUAAACUAAAUUCUGAUUAUUGUAAGUCUACUUCCUUAUCUUCAGUGUAAGAGAUAAAAUGUUUAAAGGUUAUACAUAUAAUAUAAACUGUUGUCUAUGAAUAACUUAUUAUAUUAACACAUGACUCUUUUGAAAAAUAUUCAAAAAUUGUGUCUAAAAAUUAUUUUAACUUAGAAUAUAAUGUUUUUCAUUUAAAAAGUACAUUAUAAUUUUAAAAUGUUGAAUGAUAAGAGAGAAACUUUGACUUAUGAACUGAUAAAUAACUUGUCUGUGUAUUAUCAAUCGCAUUAUCUAACUUUGAAUGACAAAUAUUUAUAUUCUAGUGUAAAGAUCAGUCUUGUAUUAGUCUUCACUCAAAGAUGUUUACAGCAGUAUUUAUAAUAAUUAUAACUUCAGUUUUCUUUAUGAUAUUUAAAUCCUGGAGAGAGACAUCUCAAUUAAAACAAUGCAACUUACCAAUACUUAGACUUCCACCAUUAUGGAAAAUGUUUAUUUUGUGUUUGUUGAAAAAUAAGGAUUUUAAUUUUCGACACUGGCUGUUUCAAUUAGUAUACGCUCAUUGUCGUAUGUACGAUAGAGAGAGAUUGUUUGCUUACAAUACAGGAGGAUUAACAAUUGUUCGUCUAUUUAAACCAGAACAUGUAGAGACGAUCAUAAACAACAAUGUUUUGUUGGAGAAAGCCAAUGUAAUUAGUGACAUAUUUCGACCUUGGUUAGGAAACGGAUUAAUUAUCAGCUCUGGACAGAAAUGGAAAAACAGGAGAAAACUGUUAACCCAAGCAUUUCACUUUAAAAUACUUGAAGAUUUCUGCCCGGUAUUUAAUAAACAUUCCUUUCUUUUAAUUGAUAAACUGAAGCAUUUUCAAAGUUCAAUUGUGAAUAUUUUUCCUUUGAUGAAGUUAUGUACCUUAGACAUUAUUGGAGAAACUGCAAUGGGUGUAGAAAUAAAUGCUCAGCAAAAUGAAGAGUCUGAAUAUGUUAAAUCGAUAGGAAAGAUACAAGAAUUGAUCUUCAGGAGAAUGAUGUAUCCAUGGUUAUGGUCUGAUUUUGUGUUCAACUUAACAACAUCCGGACGAGAAUUCAACCGAUUGGUGAACAUCGUUCACAACUUCACUAGAAAAGUGAUAACAGAGAAAAAGAAGAUUUUUCAACAGACUGCAUACGAAGUAGAAAUACAAAGCGAGAAAGAAAAUAUUUAUUUUAAAAGUAAGAAGCGAAUGGCAUUUCUUGAUCUCCUGCUAUAUUACCAUUUUAAAGAAAAAAGCUUAACAGAAGUAGAUAUUAGGGAGGAAGUGGAUACUUUUAUGUUUGCGGGUCAAGAUACUACAGCUUCUGCUAUAAAUUGGGCUCUUUACAAUCUUGGUUUGUAUCAAGACAUACAAAAUAGAGCAUACGAAGAGAUUCUGCGUGUUUUCGGUGAAGAUAAAGAGAGAGACAUAACUGCAAAAGACAUCAGAGAGUUGAAAUAUCUUGAGUGUGUUCUUAAGGAAUCGCUUAGAAUUUAUCCUUCAGUUCCUAUCAUUGCCAGAAGCCACAGAACAGAUUUUCGUUUAAAUGAAAAUAUGAAGAUUCCCGGAGGGGCAUUAAUCACAAUCGAAAUUUUUGCCAUGCAUCAUGAUCCAGAGACAUUUCCUGAUCCUGAAAUAUUCAAUCCAGAGCGUUUUGUUCCAGAAAACUGCAAAAGUAGACAUAAUUUUGCAUACAUCCCGUUUUCUGCAGGACCAAGAAACUGUCUUGGUCAGAAGUUUGCAAUGAUGGAAGAGAAAAUCAUCAUUGCAAAUAUUUUACGUCACUUCCGCUUAUACUCUAUGGAUCCACGAGAUAAAAUCAUAGAAUGUGGAGAAAUUGUACUUCGACCCCUUACAGAAGUUAGAAUGAAAUUUGUCGAAAGAUGAUGGAAGAAAUUUUUAUUGUAUUAAUUUCACAAGUGGCCUACUAUCUUUUAGUUGAUUGGGCAUUGUUUUCUAUAAGUCCUCAACCAUGUUGUCUGAUUCUAUGAUAACUAAAACUUAUAUCUAAAUUAAUCAUAAUUUGGCAAAAACUAUCCAUCUGAUAAGUGGAACUAAAGUUGAGAGUGUGGAUUAUUGCACACCAAGUGAAAACUGACUGGACAUGAAGCAUAGGCCUACGACCGCUUCAAAAACCAU